AUGGAGCGCAGUAUACGAGCUGCGUUUAAAACUGGAAAUCGUUCUGGACAUAUCAUUCAUCCGCUGAAUUCGAAAGCUGUCUAUAGUGAUGAAAAGUUCCCAACAGCUCUUCUAAGAGCUCACGCUGAUCCAUAUGCAAAUGUGCGACGACCAUGGGUACUGGUUAAAUUCGGCCGCAGGACGCUAGCAAUACGAGAGGAGGAUGUUGUUUGGACCGCAGUUUCCAAGAUAUAUGAUGCGUUGGGCUCUCACCAAGUGAUGUUAGAGGAGGCGCCAUUGUACUACAGCCUGGGCUGCGUAAAUACCGAAGAGGUCUUAAAUGAAAUGCAGCAUCGACUUCAUGAACGAAACAAAGGCUUAUUCCCUCUGGCGGGCAGUUUUCUCCCAGCCAUCAGAGAGCGGUUUUCCAAUGAAUUCUAUAUAUUCGAAUUAAGAAGUGAAGAGUUAGCGGAUAUUGCUGCCAGUACCGCUGAAAGACCUUACGAAAACCUCAGCGAAUGGUGUCGUGAAUUUUCAUUGCUUAUCAAACAGACAGAGGGUGGACAGAUUACGGCAUCAAAUGUGGAGGAGUUAUUGAGUUAA